CCUCCAUGUUAGCUGUGAAGUGGAAAAUGGGGAAGAUUCAGCAAAAUCCCGUGUCUGCAGCCAGGCUGGAGAGGGGGAGAGCAGAGUGAAACCCGCAGGCUGUUGAAAUUUCCAGACUGCCAGGAAGCCCCUAGCGCUCGGUGAAAAAUGAGGGUUUCUGGACUCAAACUGCUAGGGAACGGGGAUUAGUAAUUCUCCCAAGUGUGUGCUACCUUUCUUUACCAGUAUGGUAAGCCAGAGGGCAUGUGCCAGCUGCCUCCAACAGGUCUGUAGGAUCCCAGGUACCCAAAGUAAAGCAAAGUGAUCUCAAGCCUGGUGCUUGAGAUCACUCCCCGCAGCUUCAUGGGCUUUGGGAGAAGCGGGAGAAGCCACAGCAGCAGCUCAGGCACAGCAGCUGGAGCCGCGAGAAUGAACUGCAAGGAGAGUGACAGCAGCUGCGGCUGCGGGGGCAGCGAGGAGAAGAAGAUGCUGAAAUGUGUGGUGGUGGGGGACGGUGCCGUGGGGAAAACCUGCCUGCUGAUGAGCUACGCCAACGACGCCUUCCCAGAGGAGUACGUGCCCACGGUGUUUGACCACUAUGCAGUUACUGUGACCGUGGGAGACAAGCAACACUUGCUCGGACUGUAUGACACGGCAGGACAGGAGGACUACAACCAGCUGAGGCCUCUCUCCUACCCCAACACGGAUGUGUUUUUGAUCUGCUUCUCGGUCGUAAACCCUGCCUCUUACCACAAUGUCCAAGAGGAAUGGGUCCCGGAGCUGAAGGGCUGCAUGCCUCACGUGCCUUACGUCCUCAUCGGGACCCAGAUUGAUCUCCGGGAUGACCCCAAAACCUUGGCCCGUUUGCUGUAUAUGAAAGAGAAGCCUCUCACUUACGAGCACGGCGUGAAGCUUGCAAAGGCGAUCGGAGCACAGUGCUACUUGGAAUGCUCGGCCCUGACUCAGAAAGGUCUCAAGGCGGUGUUCGACGAAGCCAUCUUCACCAUUUUCCACCCCAAGAAAAAGAAACGCUGCUCCGGGUGUCACGGCUGCUGUUCCAUUAUCUGAGGUGGUGCGACCCACCCCCCACCCCCAUUUAAGGGCCAGAAGGGCAGCCAGCCUCUACGACCCAGCUCAAGCCCCUGAGGAGGGCGGACCGAGAGGAAGUCCCUGCUCCCGCGGGCUUCUGCGCCCUGCGCCCUCCCACGCACAGCCACUAGCCAGCCCACUGCCGCGUCCCCCGCCCGCCAGCCACGGCGCCCGCCCUGCGCACAGGAGAGAAUGGGAGCCGGUGCAGCCCCCGCCGCCGCUGCUGACAGCGGGGAAGCCAAGUCCAAACUGUCUUGCAUCUCCCCCUCCCGCCAACGUGCAGCUGAUGGGAAAUCAUCGCGGGAAAACCCAAAGAGACACUCGGUUCCUGUCCCGGUGGCCUUACUCAAAUGUCUUUUACAAAACAUGGGAAUGCAGUACUGACCUCUUUCACUGCAUCAGCUGUUCCACCUGUGUGGCUUACGGUCGUUGGUAUUAUGUUAAGAAAUUUACUAAUUUGCCAGUGUACUCGGGCCUUACAAAUCCAUACCAAAUUAGCCUAAAGACAAAGUAUUUUGUAUUCAUGUCAUUCUUCAGCCUGUUUCUACCAAAGCUAUUAGAACCAACUUGCACCUCUGAAUGCCUGACUGUAAGAAGAUACAAGAACACCUUUGUGAGUGGAAACUUGGGGAAAUUUCAGGGCCAUGAUUUUGGAACCUGGUUGUAUGAAUUGCCAAAGAUUCACCCUGGAAAUGCUUAUGUUGAUAGGUAGCCUUAUUUUCUCUGUCUUAUAUAUGGUCAUGGCAAAUUAGGAAUGAACUGUGUUUUUACAAGUAGUGUUUUUGCUUUUCAGUCAAAUUGAUUGGGGGGAGAAUAUGGCAGACUUACCAUAUGAAAUAUUCCUUAUUCAGCAACGUGGACUUUCCUGCUCCCUCCCUUCCCCAUUGCAUUCCCUUUACCUCCUUUGCUUUCACGCUUUCUCCCAUUCCCAGUAAUAAGCAGAUCUAAACGAAGGGUCUGGCCAUGGGGCGUGAAAAAGUGUGUGUUUAAAAGUCCCCAAAAGUUAAGCAAAGGGCCUUAAUUUUUCCCAUUGCUUCCACUGAAAGUACAGUUCUCCCUCCCCUCCCCACCCCAUUCUGUGGUUUCCCUUUCUGCCAUUUCAGUUACCAGGGUUAAUGGCCAUCUGAAAAUAUGAAAUGGAAAAUUCCAGAAACAAACAAUUCAUAAGUUUAAAAUUUCAUGCUGUUUUGAGUAGUGUGAUAAAAUCUCGAACCAUCCACUCGGUCCCACUCAGAAUAGGGAUCAUCCCUUUGUCCAGCGUAUCCACACAGUAUAUGCUACCUGCCCUUGGUCACUUAGUAUCCAUCUCCGUUAUCAGAUCCACUGCCAUGAUAGAGCAGUGUUUGUGUUCAAGUGAUCCUUAUUUUACUUAAUGAUGGCCCCAAAGCGCAAGAGUAGUGACGUUGGCAAUUUGGAUAUGCCAAAGAGAAGCUGUAAAGUGCUUCCUUUAAGUGAGAAAAGUUAUGUGUGUACUAGUAUAGGGAAAAAAAACAUAACAUAUAUAUAGGAUUUGGUUUCAGGCAUCCACUCGGGGUCUUGCAAUAUGUACCUCACAGAUAAGGGAGGACAAUUGUACUUCUCAGCUUGCCCCUUGUAAGCUCCCAUUCUAUUUAAAUGUCAUUUUCCAAGUAUAACUGGUACUAAAAUAUUGCCUCUCCCUAUUUCCUACACUCAUUGUCCCAAAUGUGUAUUUAGGGGCUAGAUCUGUGAGGACCAAGCUCUGCUUUUCAAAAUAAUGUGUCCAUAGAACAGGGACUUUGGCCUUGGGGAAGUAAAAACCCCCAAAAAGGGUUAGUGUUCUUUCUGUAUGACUCUCCCAAACAUCCAGGGAUCUUUUAUCACAGAAUUUGUUACUUCUUGCUUUUAAUUACAGACUGCAAAGGCUUCUAAUUAGUCUCAUUUGCCUACAAUUACCCUAGAAACACCCAGGUAGGCACUUUAUUUUUUAUUUCAAUUGCAUAAACCAAGUGCCUCUUUGCAGCAUGAAAUUACAGCACUUUUAGUUUAAGAAAAUGUCCAGAUUCACACUCCUUCCAUUAGGAAAGUCCAGUCUUUCUAGCCCCUGCAGGAAGCACAUAAACACAGGAGCUUAUGGUGUGGGUCUUUUCUGUUAAGACCUCCCAUGAUCCCCCCCCCUCCCCUCAGUGUUUUGGGUUUUGUGUGUGUUUUUUACAAUUCCUGAAAUGUGUUUUCCCUUCUUCCACAUUUCACAUUCUAUAUCCCUUCUCCCCCAUCUAGUUGCUCAACAUUCUCUUAAAUACACACACACCCCAACCUAAAAGAAAACGAAAGUUUUGUAAGUCAAAGCUUGACCAGAACGCAAGGACUUUCUACCUUUGUAAGAAAUCAACCGUGUAUAAACUUAACUUUGCUGAGGUUAUAAAUUCAUCCUUUACAAACAAUAAUGAGCAUUUAGCCCUGUAAUAAAUGAAGUGCCAUUAGCCAGUUUUGUUAUAUUAUUGCAUAGUUAUAUCUUAUGAAAGGGCCUCUCCUCACCUUUCACUGAUAUGAAUGAAAAAUUGAGACCAGUAUGUUUGCGCAGCCAAGGAGAAUUGUCCAGAUGUGUACACUUGACAGGCAAAUGGUUCCCAGGCCAUCCCCUCCCUCAUGGGCCACAGGGAUUACCUUGGUCACAGCGGGGAGAUCACCCUCGCUCUCUCCUGGAAGCAGAACCUGGAGGGACUGUUAGGUGUGGGUGGGACAAAGGCUCCUAGAGGUCUUAUGAGCUAAUGAUUGAAUAAAAUAA